AUGUGUCACGAAAUGUGUCAUGUGUCUGGUGACGAAGAAUAUUUUCUUGACGAAAUGCCUAAAGCAGCCACUUUCGCCACAAAGGCUGCUUAUUCUUCUCACACGACGUGCAAAUGUACUUAUUUGUAUGCUGAGUAUAUGAUAGCCAUUGAGAUGUUUGACUCAGCGAGCAUUCGAACCACUGAGCCUCCUCGCCGGCCAACAUGCGACAACUUACGUCGUCUACCCAUUUACCAGCCUCGAAAGGAUGGACGGCUUGGUUGGCCGGGGGUCGGCUACCCGGAUAAGCCUGUAGAAACUGCAAGAUUCGAACCCGGGUUGUGGGAGUGGUAG